CAGUGUGUCCUCAGAGACAGUCUGGAGGAGAUGAAGCAGUUCUUCUCGGUGAACAGCAGCUGCAGGCUUCCUCUGAACCCAGCACUGCUCGUCACCAGCAUCAACAUCCAGUCCUGCUCGUUCUUCAACUCCAACGCUGUCCCUCUGAAGUUGUCCUUCCAGAACCGGGACCCACUGGGAGACAACAUCAGUGUCAUCUUCAAGUCAGGAGACGACCUGAGGCAGGACAUGCUGACUCUGCAGAUGAUCCGCAUCAUGAACAAGAUCUGGAUCCAGGAGGGGUUGGACAUGAGGAUGGUCCUCUUUAAGUGCUUCUCCACGGGGAGGGGCCGAG